CCAGCUGAGAUCAUGUUUGACAAGACGCGGCUGCCGUACGUGGCCCUCGAUGUGCUCUGCGUGUUGUUGGCUUCCAUGCCUAUGGCUGUUCUAAAUUUGGGCCAAAUAUAUCCAUUUCAGAGAGGCAUUUUCUGUAAUGACAACAGCAUCAAGUAUCCAUACCAUGACAGUACCGUCACAUCCACUGUCCUCAACACAGUGGGGCUUGGCUUACCCAUUUCCUCUAUGAUUAUUGGAGAAACCUUGUCUGUUUACUUUAAUCUUUUGCACUCAAAUUCUUUCAUGAGGAAUAACUACGUAGCCACUAUUUACAAAGCCAUUGGAACUUUUUUAUUUGGUGCAGCUGCUAGCCAGUCCCUGACUGACAUUGCCAAGUAUUCAAUAGGCAGGCUGCGGCCUCACUUCUUGGAUAUAUGUGACCCAGAUUGGUCAAAAAUCAACUGCAGUGAUGGUUAUAUUGAAAAUUAUAUAUGUAGAGGGAAUGCGGAAAAAGUUAAGGAAGGCAGGUUGUCUUUCUAUUCGGGCCACUCGUCAUUCUCCAUGUACUGCAUGCUGUUCGUGGCGCUCUAUCUUCAAGCCAGGAUGAAGGGAGACUGGGCAAGACUCUUACGCCCAACACUGCAAUUUGGUCUUGUUGCCGCAUCCAUCUAUGUGGGUCUUUCUCGAGUUUCUGAUUACAAACAUCACUGGAGUGACGUGUUGACUGGAUUCAUUCAAGGGGCUCUGGUGGCAAUAUUAGUUGCUGUGUAUGUAUCAGAUUUCUUCAAGGAGAAAGAUUCUUCUUUUAAAGAAAGAAAAGAGGAGGACUCGCAUACAACACUGCAUGAAACUGCCUCCUCUGGAAAUCACUAUGGGAACAAUCACCAACCUUGAAAGUGGCAGGGUGAUGAAGCCGCCUGCUUUCUAAAGGAAAAGGAUCACACCAGAGGCACCAGGAUGCACCUUUCUUCCUGGGGCACAGGCCUUAAGGGACUGCUGCUGCUAUUCCUCUCUUGGAUGCCCCAGUUACCUGUGUGUAUAUAGUUACAUUUAACAGAAUGGUUAUCUAAUAGCUCAGAGUUCAUUAAAAAAAAAAAAAUUCAAGCCCUUCACUAAAGCAAUGCCCCACCUGUACAUUUUUUAUUAAAAACAAGAAAAAAAAUGCAAUGCUAUGUACAAAUUUGUAUGUAAUAUGCUUGGAAAGAAUGAUGCUUGAUUUAAAUAUAAUACAAAUUAAAAUGU